GAGGCUUUCACCGAGCACUCGGAGGAAUUACGGGUGCUCACUUUGCUGUUGUUUUAUCGACUAUAAUAUAGGUGAAAUGUGAAAAACACGCCAUCCCCACUCAAUAUGAGCGCCACACCUGUUGAGGAGCCUCCUGCCCAGGAGACAUCUGCCCAGGAAGGAUCCUCCGGCAGUGGGCAGACAUUACCCUUUAGACCCCUGCAGCCAAUCUCUGACCCCUCAGCUUCUAAAAGAGUAUGUUUCUACAAAAGCGGUGACUAUAAGUUCAGUGGGCAUCGCAUGGUCAUCAAUGCCCGCACCUUCAAGUCAUUUGAUGCCCUCCUGGAUGCUCUGUCAAAAAAAGUGCCUCUGCCAUUUGGAGUGAGGAACAUCACCACACCUCGUGGGACCACUGUGGUUAAGACUUUAGAUGACUUACAUGACGGGGGAUCGUAUGUGUGUUCUGACCAGAGACGGGUGAAGCCGAUAAACCUGGAAGAAGUGAACCGGCGGCAGGUACCAUGGAAUACCACCAGACCCCCCAGCGCAGGGCGAAAAAGGCGACAAGGAUCCAGGCUUGUUCCGUUAAGAAGAAGAAAUGAUGUUGUCACCAACAUUGUCCCAAAGAGGGUCACAGUUCGGACACCAAAGAGGCUUGUGGUCAUCAAAAAUAAGGACCCCAAUGUUAAACGCACAAUCGUGUUGCAGAGAAAAACAGCACCAACAUUCGAUGCUUUACUCGACUACCUCUCCCAGAGCCUGCUGUUCCCAGUGCUGAAACUCUUCUCUACGGAUGGCAGAAGAAUUGAUGGUCUUGCAGGACUUAUCCUGUGCUCUGGAGUUGUUGUAGCAGCAGGCAGUGAGCCUUUCAGAUUAGGAAACUACAGUUCUCAAGGAGCUGGCCAGAUGGCUCAAAUAAUGUACAUUGAUCCCGUGGAACCGUUGCAGCCCGGAACUGUCAACAACAAAUCUUUCUCGAGUGGAAGAGGCUCAAGGAAUUUUUCGCUAUCAUCAGAGAGAUAUAUUGUCAACCAGAUAAACAAGUCCAUAAAUGGAAGCACAAACGGUCCCUUGAAUCAGCACAACCGAUCAUUUGAAACAGAGGUCGAACAUCAUCCCACAUCCAAGGACAAAUGUGGAGAUGGGAUGGCUGAUAAUGACUCUCAUACUGGCAUUGUACCUCAUGAUGAUGACAUUGAAAAGUCUUUCUGUGUCAAUCAAGACGGCAGCAUGACAGUGGAGAUGAAAGUUCGACUGACUAUUAAAGAAGAGGAGAUGCUCCACUGGACUACAACGCUCAGCCGCUCAAGCCUUAGGAAUGGGACAGUUAGUGCCUCGGUAUCUGAGCUGGGCAACAGCUCACCUGACUCAAACAACAUCGUUGCCAAAGAGUCCUCUAGCGUCAGUGAAGAUGAAUCAAAAGAGAAGAACCAUACUUCUAAGAUUGGAAAGGGAGUUGGCUUUAAUGAUGAGCAAGGAUGUGAAGGCUACAAUUCCACGGCUUUUAGAAGAACUGGUUUCAAACGAACUCUUACACCAGGUCCUCUGCGCGUUACGAAGAGAGCGUCUCUUGAGAGUGUAAAGACGGUGACAGAAUCGGGAGUUCAGGAAAACACCAUGGGACAUUAUUCCUACAUAGAGAGGACAGCUGAUGGUGAGACGACGGAGGAGUACUGCGUUUUAAAACACAGCAGCAGCAGCAGCAGCAACAGGCUAAUUCCAAGACCUAGGCAAAGAAAGUCUUCAGAAGCAAGCAGCAAGGGCUCGCCCUCCUCCAUCAGUUCGUCAGGAGUAGCCGAGGUGCUUCAGAUACAGAGUAACGGGAUGGAGGUUACAGAGACUGUGAUGCAUAUUUAUGAGAGUCAACCCUGCUACGACAACUAUUUUGCAAAUGACGAAUAUAGCACAGACGGUGGGCCUUUGCAUGGCUCUCCUCCAGAGGCAGAAAGCAAACCGUCAUCCAGCAAUGGUUGUGAUAUUGAUUUUAGCGGGCAGCCACACACCUCUAACUCACAACAAAGACAGAAAGAGGAGAUGUUAUCAUUGUCUUCAGAGCCAAUAACUUCAAGACGUGAGAUGACUGCAACAAACUCCCAAAUACACGAUAGAGUAAAAAAAGGCAAUACUCCUAAAAGAGAGACAAAGAAAAAGACAAGAAAGACUGCUCAGAAUCCGAGGAGUUCCACGUCAACAAUUGGUUCGGACAAAAAGCUAAAAGAAAGCAUAGUUAGCCCCCCAAAAGAUAGCAAACAUUCAUCUACAGACAAGCAGAGCAGCAAUACAAGUGUGGUCAGAAAUACUCAGAGUUCAUCAGAAAGUGCUAAAAGUGGACAAAAGAGUAAAGGAACAGAAAAGCCUCAAAUUAAGAAAGUGGGUAAGGGUGAAACAAAGCCUGGGAAAGAGCAAGCUUCAUUAUUUGACAAUGAAAAUGUGAGUAAGACCCCACCUAAGAGACAAAACAUAAGUAAAACAGCUGCUAAAUUUAAUGGCCAUAAUGUAGAUACUCCAACUGUGAGGCCUCAAAUGAAAAAGAACAUCUCAGCCAUUUUUCAACCAAAGAAAGCACUGGUGCCAGUCCGAAAGACAAUAAGCAAGGCAAAAUCCAUGAAUGAAAAAAACUUACCAUCAUCUAAAAAGUCUUUAGUGGUAAAUGAGAGUUUUUCAGUACCUACUGUCAGUCCUUCACCCACUGAAAUCCACCAAUAUGUGGAGAACUGGUUAGAGAAAGUCAGCCCAGACCCUGUGCCAUACCCUGAAGAGGAACUCACAGAGCCUCGGGCAAAGGUCGUGUUUCAGAUCGGCGAUGAUUCUGAUUCCGAUGAAAAGAAUGAAUGCCAGGCAAAUCCAGAUGAGUACAAUACAUCGCCAAGUGAUGACAUCGAGAAGUCAGUUUCUUGUCUAUCAGUACCUUAUUUGAAUGAAGCUACAGCUCAGCGGUGCAAUGAAAAACCUCUAAGAGGGCUGUGUGCUUCAAUGCCCAGUGUUAGAGUCGAUCUUGUGUCCAACGAGAACAGAUUGAGACCAAACAAAUCUGCAGCAAUCCUCGGAACAGUUGACAAUGAAUCACCUUCAUCAACACCCAAGGGUUUGGACACAAAGGCACACAUAGAACCUCUCCUGCGGGAACUUUACUCUUCGAUUCACUGCCUCAAAAGUGCAUCUGAAACCAACGUAACAUCCAACCUAGAAAGGUCCAGCAGUCUUCCUGAUUUCUCAAAACAUGUGGCUGGAGUUGGCUCGUCAUGUAAAGCCUUUGUAUCAUUCUUAUCAGUGAUGACUCUACGAGACAACCAAAUAACAUCUGCGCCGAGAGAUGGCAACCAACCGAGCACCUCGGAGGCCUUGCUGAUGUUGGAGUCACUGCAAAUAAUUUCCGCUACCGAGGACGAGGGAGGGCAGAGGGCAAGUUUGACGGAUCUGCACAGCAGAACAUCUUCUACUUUCAGAGAACGCUGGAAGGAUUUCCAGAUUAUGAGAGAAAGACUAGAAAGUGAACCAAUAUCUGUCAAAGCUUCAGAAACAGAAUUUGCGCUGGAUCUUUCUUCUGAAGGAGGGGAUGCGUUCGAAGAUAUUGAAGAGCUAAUGGAUGAGUUGAAUAUGCCACAAGACCUCAGAGCAGAGAUUUCUUCAACAAUCCACCAAACUAAAUGUUUUUACCCUGUAGAGGAGAGCACUUUUGUAGAAAAUGAAAGAAAACAGUCAGACUCUGAGGAGGAUGUUGAACAAUUUGUUCAAGAAUGCAACAAUGUAACAAAAGAAUCACCAGAGCCUGAUACUAACUCCAUAGCUGAGGACAGUUCUCAGAGAAAACAGGAUCAUGCAUGUUCUGAACAUGCCAAGGAGAAAACCAAGUCAGAGAAAGAACCUGAUAAAGACUCAGAAACAUCACAGACAGGUGAGCACUUAACAGACCAAGAAAAGGAGGAAGAGGGACAAGUAGAGGAGGAGAGGGAGCUCACAAAUAACAGAGAUUAUGACAGUGAAGACACUAAAAAGGGAGAAAGGGACGAGGCAGAAGUGGGGACAGUGACGACAGUGGGUGAUGAAGAGGAGAAAGAAUCAGAAGUGGGAAAAGGGUGUUCAGAGGAAGAUGUUGAGGAAGUAGAGGAAGGGACAGAGAACCAUAUGACAGUGGAUGAGGAGGAAGUAGAAGAAAUUCAAGAAACAAGAGAGGAUGAUACUGUUGAGGAAACAGAUGAGAGAGAGGGUGAAGGGGAGACAGAGGAAGAGGAGGAGGGGGUUGAUGAGGAAGAGAGGGGGGAGGAAUGGAUAACUGAAGAGAGGCAAGGGGACGAGAUUGAAGAAGAGGCAGAUGGGGUUAUUGAGGAGUCAGAUAAAGGAGAGGAAGCAGAACAUAGAUUUGAAGAGAUGGUGGAAGAGGAGGAAGAAGAAGCAACAGACUCAGUUACUGUGGAAGAUGUAGAGGAGGGGGUUAUACGGGAGGGGGAGGAGGAGGAGGAGGGGGAGGAGGAGGAGGAGGAGGAGGAAGAAGAAGAAGAAGCAACAGACUCAGUUACUGUGGAAGAUGUAGAGGACGGGGUUAUACGGGAGGGGGAGGAGGAGGAGGAGGAGAGGGGGGAGGAGGAGGAGGAAGAAGAAGAAGAAGAAGAAGCAACAGACUCAGUUACUGUGGAAGAUGUAGAGGAGGGGGUUAUACAGGAGGGGGCGGAGGAGGAGGAAUAUGAUGAUGUGUUUAGGGGAAAAGAUGAGGAAGAGGACCACAUCGAAGUGGUAAGUGAGGAAAACAAUGAGGAGGAAGAUGAGGGGGAAAAAGAUAGAUGUCAAGAGACUGUGGAGGAUGGUGAGGAAGAAACAUGUGAGGAGUGUGAGGAGAGCAGGAACGAGUUAAAAGAAACUAGUCUUGAGGAAGAAUCAGAGGAAGAUGUUGUGGAGGAGAUUGAAGAACAUAUAAGAACAGAGCAAAUGCUAGAUGAAGAGGAGAGGGAAGAUGAUGAAGAAAAAGAUAGUAAUGCGGUACAUGAGGGGGUUGAGUCAAAGGAAGAAAAUGCUACUGAUGAAGCAGACAGUAUUGCUGCGGACAGAGAUUGUAAAAACGUACUAGAGGAGGCCUCGUGUUUGCUGUCGCAGAGUAGCUGUGAUGAAGCACAUGUAGAUUCAAAGGUAACAGAACCUAACACUGAAUCAUCAAACAAACAUUCCUCUGAGGGCCAGUGUGAGGAUGAUAAAGGUAAUGGGACAGACACUGUUCAUGAACUUGAAACCGACGAGGGAGGGGAGCCUCAGGGACACCCAGUGGAGAUAUCACAGGAAUUGCUUGACUUUGUUAACAAUGCCCUGCAGUGCUCUUCACUUAAAUUCACGUACGACACUCUGGGGAAAAUCCGGAUAGAGCCAGAUAAUGCUAGAGUAACACAAACUAAAACUGUUGUUCCAAUAUAUAACAAGGAUCCUUCAUAUGGCUUAAAGCGUCUGCCAUCCCCGACCACCUCAGAUUUGUCCGAUUACAGGCCAGAAUCGUCAGAGAGUGGUGGAUAUAAAACUCAGGAUUCGGUAGAUAUUGUCACAGAGAGCGGAGAAGAGGCUUCUCCAGGUUGCACCCCUGAGGGGAGAACACAUGUCAAGGGAGCCAACUCCAACCUUUCUGUUGACAGUAAUAUAGAAGUUUCGCCGAAUUCUCAAAUAAAAAGUCUGGGAAGUUCAUCCUCUGAUAUCUCAGGCAGUAAAAACUCAAAGGAGGAUCUGUCGUAUUUCAGUGCUGGAAGCUCACAGAAGGUCGACGCCGAUAAUGUCGCAGAGUGCAUGUCUUCCACGCCGCAGAAGGACUCACCUGAAGGGGUUUUGAUCGACCAAGGUAGAUGGCUGCUCAAAGAGAAUCACCUCAUCCGAAAAUCUCCUCCAGUCUCGCUGGGAAUGUACGGUCAGUUAGAUAGCACAUCUAUCGACACAGGCGACGAAAACAAUUGCGAGGAUGUCCCGUCCCAGCAAGACCUUCUUGCAGCCAUUUCCUCAUCAGAGCUCGAGGAGAUGGCGAAGCCUCUAACUCCAAAGUGCACCUACUACAACAUGCCACACGGAAGCGAUUCUGACCCCUUUUUGGAGGAUUUCAGUGAACAAAGUAGGGGGAAAGAUGCAAGCAGUGACAAAGGGAGAGGCUUCAGGGUAUCACCAACAAUUGACACUUCCAGAACAUGGACCAGAAAAAAUGGUAGUCUUUCUUCAUUUGCAUCAGUUGAGUUUAAAUAUCCAGACAGAAAAGUCCAUCCUGAGGGGGAGUCCUCAGCUGGGACAAUGGCAAUACCGACCUCUAGUGGAGGAGGGAAUGUAUUGCAGGCACAGGACUCCCUUGACAGACUACGAAUGAGAUGUGGCAAAUACUGUCCCAUACUAUAGAACGAAAAAGUAGACAAGAAACGGUGUCAAUGGACCUACAUACUGUAUGUGUGGUGGUUGAAGAGAGUUGUGCCUCUUAUUAGUUAAUGUCAAAAUAACAGUAGCAGCAACAACAAACGUUUUGGGUUACUGAUUCAGUGCUCCUGACUGUACAUAACUGUAUAAAGUGUUGUUACAAGUAUUAAAGGUGAUCAUUUUUCUUAUUGAAUAUAAUGCAAUACAUCAGAUACUAUUAUGCCAAGUAAACCAGAUUAUUCUGAUAGGUAUAUUUGAUUUUAUCGCUGUCUGGGUUCUUUAUCUGUGUGCAAUGCAUGUUUCAGGCAUCAAACAAAGGGACUACUGUGUGGCAUUUGAGAUCUGAUUAUUCUGUGAAAACAACAUUCAGCUUCAGAUGUCUUUAGCUGUAAGAUGUUUGAUUUAAUAAAGCAUGUUUCAUUUUUUUAAUUGUGUAACAGUUAGAAAAGGGCUUCAAUCCAACAAGGCUGUGUUCUGCUUCAGGGCAUCAUCAAUUU